AUCUAUAAAGUGAACGCACGUUGCUUUCGUGGUUAGUGACAGACAGCAGAGUGGUCGUUAAGCUGUUUCCAGUCCAUUUAAAAAAAGAGAUAUAUAUAUCUUACAUACAUAUAAUUACAAAUAGAAAAAGAAAUCAUGGUAAAUCUCGGUGAAAUUUUCCCUAACUUUACUGCUGACACUACUGACGGUGCUAUGGUUUUCCACGAAUAUGUUGGAAAUUCGUGGUGUAUCUUAUUCUCUCAUCCUGCUGACUAUACUCCUGUAUGUACCACUGAACUGACUCAGGCUUGCCAGCUUGUACCGGAAUUUACCAAGAGAAAUGUCAAACUUUGUGCUUUGUCUUGUGAUGAUGUUGAAAGCCACAAAGGAUGGAUUGGGGAUAUCAAAAGCUAUGGGAAUCUGAGUGAGUUUCCCUAUCCUAUUAUUUCGGACAAAACUCGCUGCAUUGCCACCAGGUUAAAAAUGAUUGACCCUGAUGAAAAGGACAUUGCUGGGAUGCCCCUAACUGCUCGAGCUGUUUUCAUCGUUGGUCCUGAUAAGAAAUUGAAACUCUCUAUACUCUAUCCAGCUACAACUGGAAGAAAUUUUAAUGAGAUCCUUCGUGUGGUGGAUUCUCUUCAACUGACUGCUGAGCACAAAGUUGCUACACCCGUGAACUGGAAACCUGGUGAGAAGUGCAUGGUUGUACCUUCUGUGCGUGAAGACGAAGAAGCAAAGUUGUUCCCGACCGGUGUGGAGAAGAUUUCAGUUCCAUCCAAGAAAUGUUACUUGCGAAUGACAGCUUGUCCAAAGUUAAACACUUGAAUUAAGUUCCAAAACAAUCACGUGACAUUUUUAAUCUUGUCUAACAAAAAUAUAAACUUUGUUCCUUUUUGUAAAGUAAUUUCAAAAUAGUUAAAAUAAAAAAUCAUGGGGAAAACACCCAAAAUACA